AAGAGUCACGUACUGGAUAUGCGAAUUCAUGAUCCAUCACCAAUCCCAGCUGCCUUCCGACUAGGUCCCUGGUCUUUGCAAAGAGCGACCCAUCGCCCAUCACCUCUCGGAGCUUUGACUCUAGUCCGAAGAUGUUUUGGUAGGCGAAGUUGACUCCCAGUUGGUCAUCACCUGCGUCACCUCAGGAGCCAAAUUCAUCGUCAUCCGACAAUAAAUCGGGAUCACCAUCGAGCCAGUGUGAUCACGUCCGAAUCGCUCAACUCGCAUGCUCGGGACGUCUAUCACUGUCAUAGUCAUUGUCAUAGCGACCAUGUCGAUGCUUCGAUCUCCAUUAUUCACCGGGAAUCUGCCACAGGCUACCCCUGGACCACAUAAGAAGAUUGGAUAUGCCUAUGUUAGGGGUCCACCCACAAAGGCAUACUCCAUUUUCUGGCCAAAGCUCGCUUCGACUGAGCGCCCUGUCCUGAGUAUGGAUCAGAUUGGAUACUCUCUUUUCUAUCCCUACGGCGAAUCCGCAAAGAAGACCCACGGAGUCCAUUGGUUUCCAGAGCCGGUGAACGAGAUGGUAUUUGGGUACGAAAAGUUUCUAGGAAAGAAAGUCAAAGCCCUCCGAUUCAUCGUUGGUCGCUUAAAAUUCCCGGCCUAUCACAAUACCCCGCUCAAGACCAACUCUUCGAAAUACCCCCUCGCAGUAUUCUCACACGGGUUGGCCGGAACGAGACAUACCUAUACCCAAUAUGUGACAAGUUUGGCAUCGGAAGGAUAUAUAGUGCUGGUUGUAGAACAUCGAGAUGGGUCCGGACCUGCCGUGACGUUGCCUGAUGACGAGAUCCUGCAUUAUGUCAAACAAGACGAUCUGGUUUGGGACGAGAGCAAUCACGGGACGCUAGAGAAAUUCAGGACCUCCCAGCUGGAUUUCAGGAUUCGAGAGAUAUAUGAAUGCCUUCAUUCAUUCCGUCAGCUCGUCGAUGGCAACAGCGACAAGAAGGAUAUACUGGGCCUAGACGAAAGUGCGCGAGGAGAGUGGAUAGAAUCAUUCAGAGAUAGGAUAGAAACAGACCAACUUUAUCUCACGGGACAUUCUUUCGGAGGCGGGACCAUUCUCUAUACCCUUCAGACACCACCACCGGAAGGUCAUGCGUCUCUGCCCGUCAAGAAGGCCAUCAUGCUCGAUCCGUGGCUAGAACCUUUACCGAUUCCAUCACCUUCCGGUCACGCUCCUCCCCAUACACCCCCAACAUUGGUGAUCAAUUCACCAGGAUUUACCAUCUGGAAGGGCCAUUUUCCCAGACUUGUGAACAUUGUGAAAGGGAUGGGAGGAAACCUCGUCACACUGAUGAACAGCAAUCACCAAAGCUUUUCGGAUUUUCCUCUCCUCGCCCCAACUUCACCGUCGAAAGCCCUGCAGUUGUUAUCGACAGUCCACGAGCUCUCAGCGUCAUUCUUGAGUGGCAAGCUAGACCAGUGCCCCUUGGUACAGGCGCAGCCCGAUGAAGGCGACUUCGAACGUGGCGAAGACGGCAAGAUGAAGGCUGACGACCCCGUCGUUGUCCACCUUAAAGGGGACAUGUGAAGGCGAGUCGGAUCUCGAAGAUUGAUCACCGCC